AUGCCUCGCUUGGUGCUGCAGGACUUUGUGGCUUGCGUCCUGCUCAUCUUCUGGACAUACACGCUGACACAGGACUUUGAAUACUAUGAGUUCUACGCAGGAGUCGGAAACCUUUGCCGACAGGCACGAGCUUGUGGGUAUAAGGCCCUUCGUUUCGACAUUUUGGACAAUGUCAAACCUUAUGACCGCAAGACCAACUUCAUGGAUAUCAAUUCUCCUUCGGGAUUUGCGUUGGCUGUGAUAUCCCUACUCCGAGCUCGAGCUCGUGAUUUCUCAGCUCAUUUUGCGCUGAAGUGCGCUUCCUUCUGUAAGAUGAAUGUGGGCACAUCAAAACGGUCACCCUGUUCAAGCACUGGUUUUACUGACUACAAGUCGGUUUCUGAUUCCAACAGGAUGGCAGAAAGGACGUGCCUGCUCAUUCUUCUCUGCACAGCGCUUGAGGGAGCCUGGACGCUGGAGCAGCCGGAUGGGUCGGUUCUGGAAUUUCUUCCAGCUUUCAGAACGAUGUUGCAAAGCAUUUUUGCUUGUGGUGGGGUCCAUGCUGUAGCAAAGGUCAAGUGGUGGAUGCAGCACUACCAAGGUCCAACACCAAAGCGCCACUAUGGGUACAGCAACUCAAGGGCGGUAUUGACCCUGGAUAAGGGGAAACUCAAAAAACAUCAGAGAAAACCCAAGGACCAACGAAUCCGGACAGCUGAUGUUUACAAAGAUGGGAAUGGUGUCAAAAGAUACAAGGGAAAUGCAAACCUUCGUCCUACUCAGAUUUACCCAAUGCCAUUCGCACGGCACGUCAUCGAUAGCCUGGAGUCCAUGAAAGCCACCUGCAAGGGAGCUCCUGCAUUGCCCAGUGAAGUGCCGGAUGCCAGGGACAGUUUCACCCAAUGGCCGGUUGUCAAUUCUGAGGAUUGGCAAUUUAGUGCAAUGGCAGAAGUCUUUCAAUAUCUGCGGGGGAACCGCCAUUUAGAUAUCCCCCAGCAGUGGCGUGGGAUUAUCCCGGACCGUCUUGGGUAG